GCAAAAGUAUGUCAAAAAACGCCAUCUACCUGAAGGUUCAAAGUGAACAGAUAGGACAUUCUGUUGCAGACGAAAUUCACUCUCUGCAUUAGACAGUUAGGUUAUAAACAAAAAAGUAUGAUGGCAAGUAAAGGGUGGAAGGUUGUAAAGCCUCACGUGCCGAUGAUUAAAUUUCGCAAGGGCGGAAUCGACAGAGCAAGUGCAGGUUCAGCGGCCACAUCGCCUGCGCAUUCAGGGGCGGCGACGUUACAACAGAAUAAAGUUGGUGCGACGGGCCCAAAUGUGACCGUUUUGCCGACGAUAGAGGAUAUUUAUCUACCUCCACGAUUCCAAAGACGGCCCAUAGACGAAAAAGAAAUAGCAUAUAUCAAUCGAGGUGGUCCAGAAUAAAUUCCUUAAGUAAUCGGUGGAACAUGAUUGACUUAGAACUUUCUUAAUAAGACAUUUCUUUCAUACACCUUUCUGUACAAUGUGUUCUGUAAAUAAAUGAAAGCAAGACAAGUA